GCUUCGGCAGAUGAAGCGGUACCAGGUGCAGAGCCUAGACCGCAAUUCUCUUUCUCAGGGGUUGGUUAGAUGCCUUGCAUGUGAGACAGAAAGAACAGAUGAGAUAUUGAUGUUUUCUUACCCCACGACAACCCCAGAUUUCGUCAUUGUCGCGACUGCACCUUCGGAGCCGCAGCUUCAGAGCAUUAUUGAUGGACCUUUGCAUGUUUAGAGUGUUUACUUUACCUUCCGGAAUUGUUUAGUUCUCAGUCAGGCUUCGCCAUCGCUGCCAGCCUGAUAUCAUGAAAGGCUGCUCAUACUGUCACCGAACGUUCCACAAGACCGAGCAUCUUCUCCGGCACGAGCGCUCUCAUACAGGGGAGAAGCCAUACCGAUGUGAUACAUGCGGUCGCGGCUAUGCACGGAGCGAUGUCCUCCUCCGCCAUGUCAGAUACUUCCAUCCAAACAGUGACGCCUCACAAAGAGAGCGCCGAAGAUCCGAUGUCUCAACGAACGAGAAAAGCCGACAGCGCCGACAAAGUGUACUGGCCGAUUCCAUAAAUGUGUGUUCUAUACCGCCACCGGAGCCAGAACAAGACUCAGAAGCCGACAACGAUCACCAGGAGCAUGAAAACAACCGCAUACGCGAUCAUGGGCAGCCACAACAGCUGGAGGAUGCCUCUAUCGCCGUCGAUAAUUCGAUGGCGCAAUUCUCGACGUCUGACCUCGAUGCGUUGGCGACGGUCUCCAUGCUCCAAGCUCUCCACGAACAACCGACCGAAUCAGCCAAAUUAAACCUACAAGACCCUUUCGAUCCUGAGCAGCGACCUACGAAUCCGUCUCCAGCUGCAGGCCAUCAUGAUAAUGAACUAUCACCCAUGAGCUUCUCGCAUCAUAUGGUGGAGACAACAUUGGAGACCGCUACCCCAACCUUGUUCACCGCCAAUGCCGAGUUUCUUAGUCCUGGAGUGUCACUGAGUACCAGGGCAAAUGUCUUUCAUUCUCAUACUGCUGCCUCGUCAGCUCCCUGGGGUAAUAAUGAAGCGUCCCUCACAUCGAUGAGCAACACAGAUCUGUUGCAUUACGCUGGUGCUCUAGAGCUCUUACAACCUAACCUCAGUCAUCUGGACUUCCUUGACUUUAGUAUCGGCGAAACAUCACCAGGGGUCCGUGGCUCGCAAGCCUCGAGUAACAGCAUCGAUCCUGUAAGCAGUAUCCCGCUCGAGCGCUUCGCGAGGGUUGCCGCACUAUGGCCUAGAAACCGGACGCAUUCCGCAAGUCAAAUUGCUUCGAAAGUCUGGGCGGACGUGGUGAACUAUCGGGGUGACGGUAUCUUCACAGAUGUCUCUAUUUCGCAGUCGUCGCCAAGCUCUACCAUAGGUACUGAGAAUGAGUCGAGAUGGGGAAUGGACGAAGAAAAGAGACAGGAUCUCAUCCGCGAGUUCGGUUCACCUGGUUCCAGCGUUGACUUUCUACCGGCGCGGCUACUAAAUCUCGGUCUCACCAUCGCCUUUCGACAGCCUCAUUCUCUCGUCCCGUUUAUACACCAACCGACGUUCUCAGCCAAGUCGGCAUCUAAUUCAGUCGUGUUCUCGUUAUGCCUCCUUGGCCUGGUUAUUCUAGACUCUUCAUUUGUGAAGCCUUUCACGCAACACUACCUGCCAGCAGCGACAGAGCAGUGCUGUUCUCAAUUAGCGACACCAUCGUUUGGUCCAGAGGGGUCUGCACAGCUUAUCGAGCGCCUUGCAUCAGCGGCUUUGCUUCUGAUGGCUUGGUCAAUAAGCUCACCACAUGGUGCUCGUGACGCGUUCUUGUCCAGAAUGCUAUACCAUCAGACCAUUAAUCGGGUUCAAAUGUCAGGAUUACUGAUGCCACGUCCCGCUUCGUUCAGUAUAGACAAUCUACUCAAUCAGGCGAACUCGGUUAGACUUAUCCAUGAUCCAGCGCAGAGCGAUGACUGGACGUGGAAGGUAUGGGCUCGAACAGAGAGCUUCAAGAGAUUAAUAUCGACGCUGAUCAUGAUUGACGCCUGGUGGGCUUCUAGACUCAACACGGAGCCACUCAUCUGUACUUCCGUGGUGCAAUUGGAGAUGUCGACAUCGAUUGACCUGUAUCGGUCCUCAUCUGCAAAGUCAUGGAGGAGUUGUCGUAAUGCUGGCACAAGUGCAACUACAGACCCUGUCAUCAUACGAAUGCAUGACCCAUCCAUCACUUUAAAGCCGCUUCAAGAGACUUCGCCGAUUGGAAUGACUGGCUUGUUGUCUGUCAUCUGGGCGCGGAUUCUUCAACAUCAGCAUCAAACAAGAGCAGCUAGGCUACCAGAAGAUGGCAAUGGAGAGCAGCCAACCGCAAGUGUUGAUGCUUCGACUGAGACGGGUAACAACAUGUUGCGUGUGCUGGGCGAUAUCUACACAAACUACUCAAGGUUUCUUCGGUAUAGGAACCCCAACUGUAUCGCACAGUGGCACUUCCUGAACCUCAACCUACUGGCCAACCUUGAGAUCUUCGAAAUGGCCUCUGGUCGCAACGGAGCUGAGAGCGCAUACGCUGCAUUGCAAGAGAUCGCCAAUUGGAGUCAGACCCAGUAUGCACGACGAGCUUGUCUCCACGCAGCCGGAAUCUACAUCGCCAUGAGCCGCAGGCGUGCGAACGAUGGCGUCAUGCUCCAUUCCGACAUGUCCUUAUUCACAGCUGCGCUUGUACUAGGACUCUCUGUGUUUAUGAUGAAGCCGAACGAGGUGCAUAGUGACUCUGACACAGAGUCAUUUGAGUUACUCAACGAUAUUGACUGGACUAAUCUAUGUGAUCCAAUGUCAGCAGUAGAUAUUGCCGGGGAUACUAGUGCCAGUCAGUUUAUACAGAAUGGAGGAAGUAUUAGCUUCUCCGGAACAGUUUGUGAAGCGGGAUAUAAUGCUGCCAAGAUGAUCUUGCUCGAGUUUGCGAGCUUGCUAGAAGAGGUUGGGAAGUGGAAUGCGAAAGAACUGUGCCACAUACUCCGGAUAAUGAGCGACUCUUUGAUCGAAGUCGACGACCGAUUGGGCGGUGAUUGACCUGAAGCGCUCAGAGCUUUUAUAUGUACAAGUAGCCUCGAACAGAUAUAGAGUAUUAUCACUAGAUAAGGUACUAUUCAUACGCGAGAACCUACAUGCGAACAAGGUUAUUAAAUACAAAUACAACAUAUUCUUUGCUCCAG